AUGUUCACCCCCUUGGAAUCUGGCAUAGGUGCUUUACUUCUCCAGGUGGCCACCACCUCGUAUCUUAUUCAGUGCGGUAAGAUCAUCGGUAUCUCAUCGAUUCUCACCGCCGUAUGGGACAUUGCCUUCCGCACCAGCAAACCGAAGGUGCGUAAUGAUAGCAAUGCCACCGAUCUCCUCACACACGAGUUAUCACUCAUUCUCGGGCUUGCCACUUCAUGCUACUUCAUCCCGUGGUACCUCCCAGACUUUUCCCCGCGAGUCCAGCUCGACGUCAUCCGCUUGCCAAUGUUAGAGCAGUACACCACGCUUGACCACUUGUUCACCGAGGAGCACGAUCUUUUCAAAGUGAUUGCUUUUUCUUCCUUCCUCAUUGGCUUCGGCACCAAGUUGGGCAGCGGCUGCACGUCUGGCCACAUGUUGAGCGGCCUCUCGCGCCUAAGCUACCGCAGCAUCGUUGCCACUGCCGUCUUUUGCACCACCGCCAUGACUGUCAGCUUUAACACCCUCAAGAAGAACCCCUCCUUCCCUGGCGAUGUCCUCACCUGCCUCAACGAAUACGGCGUGGCCACGGAGUGCUGGAGGGUCGACUCCCACAAGUUCUUUGACAACCAGAGCAAGCUUCUCACCUUGCUCGCAGCCGUGAUUGUCAUCGGUUACUUUGUCAUGCCAGGUAUGUCCGGAUCUGUCGAUAAGUCUGCCAUUGGCAAUUCCCUGGGCUCCUCUCCCAUCUUGUUGCGCAUGAUUGCUGCAGAGUUCAGUGGCUUCGUCUUUGGCUGCGGCUUGUUCAUUAGCGGGAUGGCUGAGAACUUGAAGGUUUUACGCUUCCUCUCCUUGGGAGGAGCUCUCUUUACCGGUGACUUCUCUUCCUUUGACCCGUCCUUGCUCAUGAUCAUCUUGUUCUGCAUCGUACCAAACGUGUACUUGUGGAACUUCUACAUUCUUCCGCAAACUAACAAGCCUGUCCACGCAAAAGGCUCCAAGAAGGUGGAGCAAUCGAACGAAAUCUUGCCGUUGUUGCAUGAGGAGUUUCUGUUGGUCAAGAGUACCCAAAUUACCCCGAAGUUCCUCAUCGGGAACAUGCUCUUUGGAGCCGGAUGGGGGUUGUUGGGGAUCUGUCCGGGCCCGGGUUUCUUGAACUGGGUCUUGACCUUCCAGGAGGACUUUUCUGGCAAUACCGCAGCUAUGACUUUGUGGUAUUUGUCGUUCGUUGUCGGGAGAUAUACUGCCGGGCUUUGUUAA